UCCAAUGAAAGAGCAGAAAGCGAAGCAUAUAGAAAGAAAGGAUUCAUCCAAAUUUAAAAGCGGACGAAAAAGCCUCAAGAAAUCAAGUGAUACUAUAGCUAGCUCGGUUCAAGAUGGAUGUACAGAAAGUGUUUCACAUGACUGGAGGAAUUGGUAGCACAAGCUACGCCAAAAACUCCUCUCUGCAGAAGAAAGGAAGUGAUAGGGUGAAACACAUUAUAAUAGAGACGGUGGAGGAGCUGUACCUUGCAAGCACCCCCAAGAGCUUGGGCAUUGCGGAUUUGGGAUGUUCCAGCGGACCUAACACACUCUCCAUCAUCAGAGACAUCUUUGAAUCCAUCCAAAAGAUAAGCCAGAAGAUUCACCAACCAGCCUCUGAGUUAAGGGUCUACCUCAACGAUCUUCCCACCAACGACUUCAACUCAAUCUUUAGGGCGCUGCCAGAUUUCCUGAUGUCGCUCUGGCCCGAAACAGAACCUGGAUCUUCUCCUUCCAUCUUCAUGGGAGCUUACCCUGGCUCUUUUUAUGGAAGACUUUUCCCAAACAGUUCCUUGCACUUUGUGCACUCCUCCUACAGUCUUCACUGGCUUUCCAGGGUUCCUCCAGAACUGUACGACGAGGAAGGGAAGUCAAUAAACAAGGGUUGCAUCUACAUUUGUGGAUCAAGUCCUGAAGAAGUGGCGAGGGCAUAUUAUAAGCAAUUCCGAGAAGAUUUCUGGAAGUUUCUUAGAGCGAGAUCGGCAGAGGUGGUCGCCGGGGGGAGAAUGGUGCUGAUAUUUCUGGGAAGAAGAGGACCAGAACACGUUGACCGAGGCGAUUCUUUCUUGUGGGAAAUUCUUGCUCGUUCCUUCGCCAUUUUGGUGUCCAAGGGAGAAGUGGAGGAAGAGAAGGUGGAUUCAUACGAAGUGCCAUUCUACGCAGCGUCGAGGGAGGAGAUAGAGGAGGGUGUGAGGAGGGAGGGGUCGUUUGAGGUGGAGAGGCUCGUCGUUUCUGCAUCGGAGAGUGGUGACAGGGCAGAGACAGAAGGCGGAAUCAGCUACGGGAAGAGGGUGGCGAUGGCGGUGAGGGCCAUCCAAGAAUCAAUCAUGACCAACCACUUCGGAGACUCAGUCCCCCUCGAAUCUUUGUUCGACACCUACGCCUCUCUCCUGGAUCAACAAUUCGCCAUCCACCACCACCACCAUAUCCAGCCCCUCACUUUUGUUCUUGUUCUCCGCAAGCUAUGAUACGUUCCCGCACCAUUUUUACGUCCAUCACUUUUGCACUCUUGUUUCAAAUAUUUGUGUCUCUCCACUUUAAUUCCACAGUUUCCCAUGUCGUUCAAAGUAGGUUUAGUUCUUAAUAUAAGAUUUGGUAUUUGAAAA